UUUGGAGCUUGGCAAAUCACAUCAAACGGUCUCACUCUUAUUUGCUGGCGUAUUUACUGUUUUUUUUGUCCAUGUAAACGUAAAUUAUUUCAAAAGAAAAAUCUAAACCAAUGGACUCCAAGCUAGACAUGUUUGAGGACGUUAACACGUCGCCUUCUUUGGAGGGCGACAUGUCAAUUCCAGGCAAAAGAACUACAACUGCAACGUCCGCGAGUGGAGUGCCGGACUACAACACCCUCGAUGAACCUAUCCGAGAGACAGUGCUUCGGGACAUCCGCGCCGUCGGCGUCAAGUUCUAUCACGUGCUUUACCCCAAGGAGAAGUCCAGCCUGCUCCGCGAUUGGGACCUUUGGGGACCAUUGGUGCUGUGCACCUUUAUGGCCACCAUACUGCAGGGCUCAUCAUCCGCCGACAGCAUGUCCGAUAAUGGACCGGAGUUUGCACAGGUUUUCGUCAUCGUCUGGAUAGGCGCGGCCAUAGUCACACUGAACUCCAAGCUGCUUGGCGGCAAUAUCUCGUUCUUCCAAUCCGUCUGCGUGUUGGGCUAUUGCCUCACGCCUGUGGCCAUUUCCCUAAUUGUGUGCCGGGUUAUUCUGCUGGCCACCCAAACGCGACUGCUUUUCUUUCUGCGAUUCGUGACCACCACAAUGGGCUUUGCCUGGGCCACUUACGCCUCCUUUGUUUUCCUGGGCCAGAGUCAGCCACCGCAUCGCAAACCGCUGGCCGUCUACCCAAUCUUUCUGUUCUUCUUCAUCAUCUCGUGGCUGGUCCUGUCCCACAACUAGCUCAACUCGUGACGCUUCGUUUAGUGAUUAGUUCGUAAACAAAACCGUGCACGUUCCAUAGCGUAACCAGAAAAGAAGAAUCCGAAAUCUAUUGUACAUUUCUUUAAGCUA